AUGAUCAUAAAGUGGGCUACAGCACAUAACAUUGAGCUUGAAAGUGGUGUCUCCGAAUACCUUCAUGCCGUUACUGAUGGUCAUGUGGGUAUACUUGACACUAUCUUGGAGAUAUUCAGGUUCAUUGGGAAGAUGAACCAUCAACCUCCAGUUACGCUUGACUUUUGCUAUACCGUCAUUCACGAGGACAAUGAACUCCUCCUAAAGAUGUUGAGUGGACCGGACAGGGGAUUUUGGACACCUGGUGAAGAGGCUUUAGUAAGACAAUAUCUGAUUGAUUCUUCUUCUUACUACGAUCUUCUAUUCUCGAAUGUUGUAGAAGCAUUACGCAAAGUGGCAACAUUACUCCAUGGCUAUACCGUACCAGCCCCUUACUUCGACCGGACAUUGACUUUCUGUCACAAGGCCGGUUUACUGCAUACGGAACAAAGACAACCUGGAAAUGUCGACGUACACUCUCACAUUAUUCAAAUCGCUAUUGAUUUUGAGAAAUAUACUGCGGGAGAGAGUGGGGAUGCUUAUGUGGUUCGAACUCUUUUCUAA